AUGAAUUUUUUGAACACCAAUUCACCAGCCUCAACGAACUCACCCGCAACAAUGAAACCUUCUUCUGCUUAUCAAUUAUUUCAAAGCGGAUCUUCUUCUUCGUUGCUUUGGAAAACAUCUUCUCCGAGGACACCUGCAACAUUUAUUAAUGGUGCAUUGAAUGUAGAAAUUAUCAAUCAUCACGAUGAUGAUGAAAUCAUGAAUGAAGACGACGAUGAACCUCUUGAUUUGGGCCUUCCCUCAUCCCUAUCAAAAAAGGAGCAAGAUUUAGAAAAAAUUGCAAUUAGUGUGGUGAGUGGGACGAACAAUUUACGAUCGUCACCUCAACGGCAUCGAAGUACUUCCGAAUUGAGUUUUAAUGAGAGCUCUGACCAAAAUUGUGAUGGCAUGCAUUCUCGGACAUCAACAGCCAUGUCCUCUCGUUCCGACGAUGAUCAUGCUUCAACCUCAACAACGACUCGAGCUGUCACAAAUGAAAAACAUGGUGACAUGGUUCACGAUUCCGCUUACACGAUACCUUCUACGCUUACUAAAAGCCACCACUAUUCAGAUAUUGUCACAGAGAGAAGAGAUUGUCUGGGACCUCGCAGCCAAUCGGAGCAACGAGUUAUAUUAAGCAUUAAUAAUAGAGAAAUUAAUUCGCCCAGCAAUGACGAUGACCACACUAAGGAUGACCCAUUAGCUGUAAAUUUAAAACCCUCAAGAAUUUCGUAUCAAAGCGGCAUGAAAAAAAAAAAUACUAAAUUCUCCACACAACUCAAAGAUAAUCAAGCAGUUUUGGAUUCUUCAUUUUGCGAUCUGAAAGACGAGGAAUUAUUGGAACGACAAAAAAAGCUCAAGAAAAUUUUGAAAACAUCUUCAGGGUUCCCUCCAUCGAUUGGCUUGGAUGCAUUGGCGGAAUUGAAGAGAAAAAUGGAAAUGAAAGAUGAAGAUAUGGAUAUUAUGAACGGAAUUAUUGAUUUUGCUAAGAAGGAGGAACAAAAACUUCUUUCGAAAACUGGUAAUUUCAGUGCUAUUGCAAAAUACGAGCGAGAGUCAAAAAGACAAGACGAAAAGCGAACAGUCUCCAAAUUAUUGAAUACAGUGAAGAAUCGACAAAACUCAGAUUCUCCUUCAGGUGGCUCUCUCACGAAACGAUCAGAUUCAAGUAUAUCCAUGAGCAGUAGAAAACAAAAGUGGGUGGAAGAGUCAAAAAAGAAAGGUCGAGAAAAUUUCAGAGAACAUUUGUGGGGUAAAAAGAUGGAAGAGAUGGCAAUGGAGGCAAGAAUUAAUCACGAAAAAACAGUCGAGAAUUUUAAAUUGCAUCACGACAAGUUAUACUCUGACUAUCAACAAUUAUUGCAACAAAUGAACUUGGAAAAAGAGACUAGUCAAAAAUGUCAAGAAGAAAACAAAUCACUCAAGUACACGAUAGAGAUGUUGAGACAAAAACUGAACAAACAAUCAGUUCGAGAAAUUGAAAAGGAGCAACGAUUGAGGUUAUUUGAAAAUUAUGAGCCCUUAUUUGAAACACUUCAGAAAAAUUUUAAUUUUGAUUCACCAUAUGAUGUCAUUAAGCGAAUAGAAAUUUUGGAAAAAGCACAGGCCGAUUCGUUGACACAGCUUUUUGAAGCGCAAGAACAAAAAGCUGCUCUCGAAAGACAAUUUGAAAAAUACAAGGUUGAUAUUGAGUAUAAACACCGACAAGCAAUUAAUGAUCUCGAAAAACAAAUCGAAAGAGAUCAAAAUCAGUUGAAAGAGGUCCUUUCAAAUAUGAGAAACAUUCAACAGACGUUAGAGCAGAGUGAAAACUAUCGACAAAAGUAUCUUGUGCUGAGUGAUUCGGUCAUUGAUUUGUGGCACACGUGGGUAAAGGAUGUGGAAAAGUUGGGCUAUCGUGAUACCACCAUUUACAUGAAGAAUGGAGAGCAUAACAUGAAUGGAGCUCAAAAUACUCUGAUCAUGCUGGGUGAACCUGAUUUUAGUGACUCCAAUCAAGUCAUGUCUGCUGUUAAAAAUCUCUUAAUUGCAUUUACUCCAAACAAGGCAGGACAUUCAUACACAGAAUUGGCCAAGAUGGCCAACGGCUAUUGGCUUAAAUAUUUCAAAACGGAUUUUGAUAUUAAGAGCAAACCUAAAUUAAUUUUCGAAAAGAUGGCACAAGCGAUCGAAGCAAAAAACUCCAAAAUUCGCGACUUGGAAAGAAGGUUAAAAGAAACAGAAGAAUCCAAAAAGAACUUUGAAGAAGGAAUGAACAAAGCGAUACGAGAGAAACGAGCUCUCGAAGUGCAAACCAAUAUUGUGCAUCAACAAAAGAGACCUCAAUCGGCUGGACCUCGACUGAAAAACACUCAUCAUCAUCAUGCGGGCAUCUCCUCACCAACUCUCCGUUACAUUUAUGGACUGGAAACAACUGCAACUGCUGCUGGUGCUGCUACCACGACAUCAACAACCUCCAUGAGUGAUCCACACAUCCACAGUAAGAAACUACCACAACGACCUCAAAGUGCUCAUUUACCUUUCAAUGGUUCGGCUUCCAAAACGUCGUCGUCGUCGUUGUUUCAUCAACCUGCUGGUCGGCAUGCUGGAACACUUCAGCAUACACGUCCCUUCACGGCUGGAGCUGUUCAGAAUGCACAGAGACCUUCAUCGGCGAGUGGUGUUGUUGGGAAUACUUCCUUACGAAAACGACCGCAAAGUGCAGCACCAAGCACGAAAAGACCUUCCUCAGCACGUACACUGCGGCCGUCGGAUGAUACAAGUGGUGGUAAAUGUUUUUUCAUUACACAGAGUAGGUAUUUGGAAUGA